GCAUGUUACUGGAAGGAUGCUCACUAAGACUAUAACUGGGAGUUUUGCUGGCACAAUCCAUGGUUUGACUAGUAGUCACCUCACAGAGGUAGUCAUUCAGCGCAGCAAGCGUAUGAUCCUGGAUACAUUAGGAGUUGGACUGCUUGGAACCACCACGGAAGUUUUCAAUAAAGUUUUACAAUACAGUAAAAUUUACAGUUCAGACAUCUCCAGCACAGUUUGGGGCCGAUUAGAUGUUCGUCUUCCUCCAGUCUAUGCUUCUUUUGUCAAUGGAACUGCUGUUCACUCAAUGGAUUUUGAUGACACUUGGCACCCAGCCACACACCCUUCUGGAGCCGUUUUGCCUCCUUUGAUUGCCAUAUCUGAGGCUUUGCUUCCAAACCAGAAGCCAUCAGGACUUGAUUUUCUUUUGGCUUUCAAUGUUGGAAUUGAAGUGCAAGGCAGACUUAUGCACUUUUCUAAUGAAGCUAGUAACAUUCCAAAAAGAUUUCAUCCUCCAGCUGUGGUUGGCACUAUGGGGAGUGCAGCAGCUGCAUCUAAACUUCUUGGUCUGGACCAGAAUCAGUGUAGAGAAGCUUUAGCAAUUGCUGCUUCAUAUUCUGGGGCUCCAAUUGCAAAUGCAGCCACCCAGACCAAACCUCUACAUAUAGGAAAUGCAGGCAGACAUGGACUAGAAGCUGCUUCUUUGGCAUUCUUGGGUCUCGAGGGAAACAAGCAGAUUCUGGAUUUAGAUUCUGGUUUGGGAGCUUUCUAUAAUGAUUAUGACCCAAAAGUCCUACCACCUCUACAUUUAUACGACUGGCUUCUGGAGAAACAAGAUGUGGCUAUCAAGCGAUUUCCUGCCCACCUUGGAAUGCACUGGAUUGCAGAUGCAGCAUCUGCUGUCCGAACACAAAUUGUGAAUAAUAGCGAAACAAUCCCAGUUGAUAACAUACAAAAAAUUGUCCUUAAAAUCCCUGAUGCUAAAUACGUAAACCGCCCAUUUCCUGCUUCAGAACACGAAGCUCGUCAUUCUUUCCAGUUUAAUGCAUGUAUAGCUCUACUAGAUGGAGCUAUUUCCGUCCAGUCCUUUAGUGAGCACAAUAUUUCCAGACCCAAUAUUAAGAAACUUCUAGAAAAAAUACAGUUAGUUCACACACCUGACAACAAACCAAAUUUUGAUAAGCUUUAUUGUGAGGUAAGUGUAACACUGGACAAUGGAAACACUUUUACACACAGAUGUGACACAUUCUAUGGUCAUUGGAGGAAACCUUUGAGCAAAGAAGAUCUUGUAAACAAAUUUAAAUCUAAUGCUUCUAUGGUUCUGACAAGAGAUGCAGUGGAAGGUAUUGUGGAAACAGUAGAUAAACUGGAAGAUGUAGUUGACUGUUCUAUAUUAAGUGCAUUUCUUAAACUCAGGGAUCACAAAGCUGACAAUUACAAGGCAACCGUUUCUCAGUAGUUUAAAUCGGACAAUGUGUUUAUAUGUUAAGCAGGCUAUUUUGUUUAAAUUACUACUGCGAAAAUAGAAAAUCUGGCAUUGUUAAAGGGACCAUAAUUAUUUUCAUGUUUUCCAUAGAAUGAUAGAUAUGGAGGCUUUAAAUAAUACUUUCACAGAACAAGCAUAUCUCUGCAAACAUUGGUUUAACUUUUUUCAUGUUUCACAAUAAGGGUUUGGCUUCUUCACUCUGUAGACAGCAAUGCAUAAAAUACUACUGUAUAAGUGGUGAAUGGUCAAAAUGAAAUUAUUUUGUGAAUUUAUGGAAGACUUGUAAACUGUGUUUACACACACAUUUGUGUACUAUUCAUAACCUACCCUUUAAAAGCAGAAUAGAAAAGUUGGGGAUUACAUUUUCCCUUUAGUGAAUGGGAAAACUAAAUAUAUUAACAAUAAAACAAAAAUGAAGGGCCAGAUUACAAGUGGAGCAGUAUUUAACGCUCCUGAUCGCCUGCUAACUUCGCUAGAAGUAAGCUUUUUGCACGUGUCUGGUAGCACACUUAUUACAAAUUGAAAGUAAUAUGUUUUUUCGCUGCUCAAAAAGCCGGUUAGAAUAUUGCGCAUGCGUAUUCCCCAUAGGCGUCAAUGGAGCAAAAAAUGUUGAAAAAAACCUAAGACCCUACUCGUGUGCAAACCCAAUCACAUUCUCAAGUGCGCUAACCCAACAUAAAAAUAUGAAUUUCACAUUCCAAUGUUCUUCACAUAGCAGAAUAUAUUCUAUUUAUUCAUAAAUACAUAUUUCUACAUAUCUCUGAUGGUAUUUUGGUACAAUAUAUAUUUAUAUACAUGAUCAUAGAUAAGUAUAGAUAUAUACAGAUUGAUAUAGGAAUAUCUAUUUAUAAAUACUUAGAACAUAUUCCCUUAUGUGCAGACAAUUUGAAUGUGAAAUAUUUACAGUAAAUACACAGUUUAACACUUUACUAAAUGUGAAUAUUGCAGAAAUAUGCUUUUUCAUGUUUUCAUUUACUUAACCACAAAGGGCUCCAGUGCACUUCUAUAUAUGUAUUUAUGUGUUUAUAUGUGUAUAUAUGUCUGUAAAUACAUAUGUACAUUAUUUAUACAUACACACAUACACAUAUAUACAGUAUAUCUCAAUGGUAAAACCCUUUGCAUUACUUUUUUUUCUAACACCUGAGACCUCAUGUUUUUGUACAAUUUUAUUUAAAAAAAAUGGAUAGUGUUAUUAUGAGUGUAACUGUACAUUGCAAUGUAUUUUUGAUGUGUUUUGUGACACUUUUUUGUUUUGCGAAACAGUUAACCAGAUGGGCAUUAGCGUCAAUUAACGUUUACUUUCAACUUGUAAUAUGAGCUCUACACCUGACGUGCACGUAACUGUCAAUGCGCCACUUGUAAUCUGGCCCUAAAUGAGUUCUGAUAGUAAUGCAUAAUCAUUUCUAAAUCUGAAACAUAUUCACAAAAAAUAUAUAAAGUGGAAAGGAUCUUGAAGAGUUGCCUUGGCUGCUGUGCAUCUGAACAUUAUAAUAGCUGAAUAUUACUCCUGUUGAUCCUAAGGCACUACAGUAAAGUUGCCAUAUAGACAGCAUACUUCACAAGAAACUAAUACUAAAUGUCAUUUUGUUCAAACCUGUAAUAUAGAAUUGAACAGAGACAGCUUUAAUUUAAUAUGUUGAUUAUAGUGAUUUUUUAAAGGUAUUUAACAUAAUUAGACAAGAUAUUUUAAGUAAUCUUCAAAUUACCAUUUUACUAUGUCUUGUAUGAGGAAAUUCUAUUAAUGUGAGCACAAGUGUACUAAUGCAUUUUUGUAAAGGUGACACUUUUUUACCUUCUUGUUUUAUCUUUGUUUGGGGACACUUAUCAAAUGUGUUCUCUUUUUUUGGAGACCUAUUUAAAAUAAAUUUUAUUUGUCAUCAGUGGGUAUUUUCAGCAGGGAAUUAACAAAUAUAGGCCUAGUUUCCAUUGAAGUGGUAAGGUUAAGAAAAUGAUGGUAACAUGAAAAUUCUCCAUAGACCUUGGCCUCGUUUUCAUGUGGUAAAUUGUGGAUACUGGAACUGGUGAUAAAACAUUUAUCUAUAUUUAAUCUAAGGAGAUUUUCUAUGUUACCACCAGUUUCCAAACUUUACCAGGUCAGUGGAAAUAAGGCCUUUAAUAGAGAUAAAUGUUUUUAUUACCAGUUUCCAAAAUUUACCACAUCAACGAAAACUCAGUCAUACUGUUUCAUUUUAUAGGGGAUUGUGUGCAAUAAAGAAAUGAAGCUGAUUAUGUUUGUAUAUUGAUAUGUUAUAAUAAUAAAAGUAUAUUAAAGGAA